AUGGUAUGGCUCCCGAACUCCCCAGACCAUGGUAUGUGUACAGGCGCUAACUCCCCGCAACCCCAGGCCUCAAUCCUCCGCCAAAUUGUCGCGGGGCCGAGACAACAACACCCCGAAGCUGGACUAGACCUCUGCUAUGUAACCGAUAAUAUCAUCGCCACAUCAGGCCCCUCCGGAAACUACCCCCAACGCGCAUACCGCAACCCACUCGACGCUCUAGUCAACUUCCUCGACUCAAAACAUGGCGCAAAUUGGUGUGUCUGGGAAUUUCGCGCCGAAGGCACAGGGUAUCCCGACUCGGAAGUCUACGGGCGCAUCCACCAUUUUCCCUGGCCAGACCACCACCCGCCGCCUUUCGCAUUGAUACCGAAUAUUAUGGGCAGCAUGCGGAACUGGCUGCAUAACCUUGACGAGGCAGAUGCGAAGGAAGGAAAGCGAGUCGCGGUCGUACAUUGCAAGGCGGGCAAAGGGCGCAGCGGCACCGUCGCAACUGCAUAUCUGAUCAGCCAAGAAGGGUGGAAAAAGGAAGAUGCGUUGCAGCGAUUCACCGAUCGACGCAUGCGAGUUGGUUUCGGCAAUGGCGUCAGCAUCCCCAGUCAACUUCGAUACGUCGAUUAUAUCGAUCGAUGGGCGAACAAGCUCGACAAACAAUACGUGGAACGACCAGUCGAGAUCCUCGAGGUACACAUUUGGGGUCUACGAGACGGAGUCAAGGUCGCAGUCCAAGGAUACGAGGAUGAAGGGAAGAAAAUUAAGUGCUGCCACCUUUUCCACCGCAGCGAGCGCACUGUUAUGGAGGGCGUUGCGGCGGAGUCAGGAGCUGGGAGCACCACGCCAAAACAGAAUGAUGUCAAAGAUCAAUCUCCUCAGACUUCUACCCCAUCAUCAACAACCUGGUCGCCCAUGACCUCUCAAUCAGAUACCUCCGCGACACCGUCUAAACCUAACCUCUCGCGUCGGUCCACUACAACCGGCGCCCUAUCGGCCGUGAUAUUCAAACCCAAGAAGGCCAUCAUUGUUCCAGGAUCCGACGUCAACAUUGACCUCGAGCGGCGCAGCAAGGCCUCAUAUACCGGAUUCGCCAUGGUUACAUCAGUCGCGCACGUCUGGUGGAAUGCCUACUUUGAAGGCGGCAAGGAGCACGACUCCGGUGUCUUCGAGAUAGAAUGGGACGCAAUGGAUGGAAUCAAAGGUAGUGCGAAGAAGGGGAUUCGCGCAUUCGAGAAGCUCAAGGUAGUUUGGCGAUACCCUUCACCGAACGAGGAUAUCAAGAAAGACGCCACUCCCGUGAGUGGCAGACCGAUCAGCGAACCGCAGCCCGGGGAGCCUAUCCAUGAAAGCUCAGCGGCUGAUUGGCGGGGCCAGGAUGAAGGGCCAGGGGCAGGGCAGAAACAGGAGAAUAUAGUUCCCGGGAAGGAGAAGAAGCAAGAUGUCAAAGAAGAAAGCUCAGGUUUCCCGGGGUCUGGAUUAUUGGCCGUCGGAGCGGGCUCUUUACAUGAGCUUCAGCGGCAACUAGGGUUGCGCAAGCAGACAGACGAGAGUAAGGAUGUGAGUUUGGCUGGAACGGACGAUGAGGCGAGGUCGAUGACAACGGAUGAUGAGGGGCGGGCGCAGAGGGUCGAGGCUGCAAAUGCGAAGAAACCUGACGAUGGGGACUCUGAUGGCGAGGGGGUAAGAUCUUAUUUUGGCAACAAUGGGAAUGAUACUGCUGGAAUUGAACAGAAGGUGGACAACAAAGAAAAGCCAUCUGGAUAG